AUGAUGUCCAUGAACAGCAAACAGCCGCACUUCGCCAUGCAUCCCUCUUUACCCGAGCACAAGUACACCACCCUGCAUUCCAGCUCGGAAGCUAUAAGGAGAGCCUGUCUACAAACUCCACAGCUGCAGAGUAACAUAUUUGCGAGCCUGGAUGAGACCCUGCUGGCCCGGGCUGAGGCUUUGGCGGCCGUGGAUAUCGCCGUGUCCCAGGGCAAGACGCACCCGUUCAAGCCCGACGCCACCUACCACACGAUGAGCACCGUGCCAUGCUCGUCGACAUCCACUGUUCCACUGGCCCACCAUCAUCAUCACCAUCACCACCACCACCACCAGAACCUGGAGCCCCCGGACAUUAUGGACCACAUCAGCUCGCCGCCCCUCGCCCUGAUGUCCAGUGCGCACGACGGGACCGGCGGAGGAGGUGGCGGGGGCGGCGGAGGUGGCGGCGGAGGGCUCAUCUCCACCUCCUCUCACCCGCACUCUCACAUGCACGGCUUGGGUCACCUCUCCCACCAGGCUAUGAGCAUGAACUCGCCUCUCACCCACCAUGGGCUCUUACCGGGCCACCACGGGGGGAGCCAAUGCGGCCCAGGGCUCACUAACACCGGACUCCCCUCCAUCAAUGACUCGGACACAGACCCAAGGGAGCUGGAGGCUUUCGCGGAGCGCUUCAAGCAGCGCAGGAUCAAGCUGGGGGUGACCCAGGCGGACGUGGGCGGCGCUCUGGCUAAUCUCAAAAUCCCCGGCGUGGGAUCACUGAGCCAAAGUACAAUUUGUCGAUUCGAGUCGUUAACUCUCUCCCACAACAACAUGAUUGCGCUCAAACCUAUCCUUCAGGCCUGGCUGGAGGAGGCCGAGGGGGCCCAGAGGGAGAAAAUGAGCAAACCUGACAUUUUCAACGGAGGGGAGAAGAAGCGCAAGAGGACCUCGAUAGCGGCCCCAGAAAAGAGGUCUUUGGAGGCUUACUUCGCCGUACAGCCUCGACCGUCGUCCGAGAAAAUAGCAGCUAUAGCUGAAAAGUUGGACCUGAAAAAAAAUGUGGUGCGAGUGUGGUUUUGUAACCAAAGACAGAAGCAGAAGAGGUUGAAAUUUUCCGCUACUCACUGA